AUGGCGAACCAUGGUGAGGAGCAGUCAUGCGAUGAAGACCAGUCUCGAGCAGCAAUCGCUACUACCAGCGAGAAGCAAAGAGAUCAACCAAUAUUAGUCGGGAUGACCGAAUCUAUAUCAACACAUUGUGAGAAGGGCCAGUGGCGUGAAGCUCAUGAAUUACAAGAAAGACUUGUGGAGAACCGGAAGAAAAUCUUAGGACCAGACCAUGCAGAUACCCUUACGGGCAUACGCGAGCUGGCGGACAUUUACGCGCAACAGGGACGGUUUAAGGAAGCCGAGGAGCUUCUUCUGCACGUUUCGCAGAGUCAGGAGGACACUUUAGGAGCAGAUCAUCCUUCUGCCCUUGCUAGCAUGUCUAGCUUAGCAGCAACAUACUUGAAGCAGGGGAGGUUAGAAGAAGCAGAAGCGCUGCAGACAAGAACUCUGGAAGCUAUGAAGCAGGUUCUUGGACCGGAGCAUCCGAGCACCCUGUACAACACGAGUGGUCUCGCAUCAAUUUACUUGAGAUUAGGACGAUGGAAGGAGGCAGAGGCGCUGGAGGUUCCGACUGUGGAAUCUCAAAAGAGAGUGCUGGGGCCAGAUCAGCCAGAUACAUUAACCAGUAUGUCCAAUCUGGCGUCUAUCUACUCAAGCCAGGGGCGCUGGAAGGACGCAGAAGUGUUAGAGUUACAGAUUGCAGAAACCCAGAAGUCGACACUCGGGCAAAAGCACCCCUCUACCUUGAGUAACCUAACAAACUUGGCAACUACAUAUUUCAAGCAAGGACAGUUGGAGAAGGCUAAAGACGUUUCCUCACAAGUUGCGGAUUCCUACCGAGAAACCCUCGCACCAGAUCACCCAGAAGUACUCCGCAAUAUGUCCAACCUGGCCGCCAUCUGCUGUGCGCAGGGGCAGUGGAAGGAAGCCGAAGGGAUAUUCCUUCAAGUACUUGACGCUCAGAAACGGGUCCUUGGGUCCAGUCAUCCCGAUAGUCUGAUCCUCAUGUGUAACCUGGCAUUCACCCUCAAGCGACAGACAAGAUGGAAGGAAGCCGAAGAGCUGGAAGUUCAGGUGAUGGAGACAAGACGGGAGGUUCUGGGGUCAGGACAUCCAGAGACACUGAUAAGCAUGCACAAUCUCGCGCAUACGCAGAAGGGCCUCGAAAAGCAUCAGGAAGCCGUUGCUAUGAUGGAGGAUUGUCUCAAGCUCCGAACACAGCUGUUGGGGCCAGAUCACCCCGCCACUGUGGCCUCGAGAUUGACUCUCAAGGAGUGGAAGCCCUGGGGUGGACUUGCCAGCGUAACGGACUCGGUGCGAGAGACGAGUCUCCGAGUCAUGGGCCUUUUUGGAUGGAAGCAGCACUCCUAA